CCCUCCAUUGUGCGAGCCAAAGAUGAAAGACAGGAGGGGAGAAAGUUAAAGAAAUCGCCCACAUGCGCUGCAUCAGUCCAAGGCUUUGGGAAAGGAAUAAAGAGAAGGUGGGAGAACAGUGUUUAAAGUCUUUGCAGGCGGGAAGAUGGCGGACUCAAGCUGAAAGUGUCGACUGGCCAACUUGGGCGAGCUUUGUGUUUAUUGGCGAGCCCCUCGACCCAGAUCGGACACAUGCAGGCCAAAAAACGCUAUUUCAUCCUGCUCUCCGCUGGCACCUUUGUGGUCUUCCUCUUCUACUUCGGGGGCGUGCAGUUCCGAGCGUCCAGAAACCAAAGCAGGCGAGAGCUCCGCAGUAGCAGGCAUGGGCUGCAGCACGCCGGCCCCGAGCGCUACUGGCCCCGAUUCCCGGACGCCCUGCGCCCCUUCGUUCCUUGGGACCAGCUGGAGAACGAGGACUACAACGUGCACACGUCCCCGCGGCAGAAGCGGGACGCCAACGCCAGCGUCUACAAGGGCAAGAGGUGCCGGAUGGAGUCCUGCUUCGAUUUCGCCCUCUGCAAGAAGAACGGCUUCAAGGUCUACGUCUACCCACAGCAGAAAGGGGAGAAGAUCGCCGAAAGUUACCAAAACAUCCUGGCGGCCAUCGAGGGCUCUCGGUUUUAUACCUCCGACCCGGGCCAGGCGUGCCUGUUUGUCCUGAGCUUGGAUACCUUAGACCGAGACCAGCUCUCCCCGCAGUACGUCCACAACCUGAGGUCCAAAGUGCAGAGUCUCCACUUGUGGAACAAUGGUAGGAACCAUUUAGUUUUUAAUUUAUAUUCCGGCACCUGGCCCGACUACACCGAAGACGUGGGGUUUGACAUCGGCCAGGCCAUGUUGGCCAAAGCUAGCAUCAGUACUGAAAACUUCCGGCCCAAGUUUGACAUUUCCAUCCCGCUCUUUUCUAAGGAUCACCCGAGGACAGGAGGGGAGAGGGGCUUCCUGAGGUUUAACACCAUUCCUCCGCUCAGGAAGUAUAUGUUGGUAUUCAAGGGGAAAAGGUACCUGACUGGGAUUGGGUCAGACACCAGGAAUGCCUUAUAUCAUGUCCAUAACGGAGAGGAUGUUCUUCUCUUGACCACUUGCAAGCAUGGUAAAGACUGGCAAAAGCACAAGGAUUCACGGUGCGAUCGAGACAACACCGAGUAUGAAAAGUAUGAUUAUCGUGAAAUGCUGCACAAUGCCACUUUCUGUCUGGUCCCCCGUGGCCGGAGGCUUGGAUCCUUCAGGUUCCUGGAGGCCCUGCAGGCUGCCUGCGUUCCUGUGAUGCUCAGCAACGGAUGGGAGUUGCCAUUCUCCGAAGUGAUUGAUUGGAAUCAAGCUGCCGUCAUAGGGGAUGAGAGAUUGUUAUUACAGAUCCCUUCUACAAUCAGGUCUAUCCAUCAGGAUAAAAUCCUAGCACUUAGACAGCAGACACAGUUCUUGUGGGAGGCUUAUUUUUCUUCAGUGGAGAAGAUUGUAUUGACCACACUAGAGAUUAUUCAAGACAGAAUCUUUAAGCACAUAUCACGCAACAGCUUAAUAUGGAAUAAACACCCCGGAGGGUUAUUUGUACUACCACAGUAUUCAUCAUAUCUAGGAGAUUUUCCUUACUAUUAUGCUAAUCUAGGUGUCAAGCCCCCACCCAAAUUCACCGCCGUUAUCCACGCAGUUACCCCUUUAGUUUCUCAGUCUCAACCUGUGCUGAAACUCCUGGUCGCUGUUGCCAAAUCCCAGUACUGCGCCCAGAUCAUUGUCUUAUGGAAUUGUGAUAAGCCCCUCCCUGCCAAGCACCGUUGGCCUGCCACUGCCGUGCCUGUCAUUGUCAUCGAAGGAGAAAGCAAGGUCAUGAGCAGUCGUUUCCUGCCCUAUGAGAACAUUGUCACUGACGCAGUUUUAAGCCUCGACGAGGAUACAGUGCUUUCAACCACUGAGGUGGAUUUUGCCUUUACGGUUUGGCAGAGCUUUCCGGAGAGAAUUGUGGGCUAUCCUGCCCGCAGCCAUUUUUGGGACAACACCAAGGAGAGGUGGGGCUACACAUCCAAAUGGACUAAUGACUAUUCCAUGGUAUUGACCGGAGCUGCUAUUUACCACAAAUAUUAUCACUACCUGUACACGCAUUACCUGCCUGCCAGCCUGAAGAACAUGGUGGACCAACUGGCUAAUUGUGAGGACAUUUUAAUGAAUUUCUUGGUGUCAGCUGUGACGAAAUUGCCUCCAAUCAAAGUAACGCAGAAGAAACAAUAUAAGGAGACCAUGAUGGGACAGACUUCCAGGGCUUCUCGUUGGGCCGACCCAGACCACUUUGCUCAGAGGCAGAGCUGCAUGAACACGUUUGCCAGCUGGUUUGGCUAUAUGCCGCUGAUCCAUUCUCAGAUGAGGCUCGACCCCGUGCUCUUUAAAGAUCAAGUCUCCAUCCUGAGGAAGAAAUAUCGAGACAUUGAACGACUCUGAGGAGCCCGGCUGCGGGUGGGGGAGAGGGGGGAGGUGGGGUGACCGGACUGUUCCCCCCAGCCCAGUGCAAAUCCACUGACUCUUGGAACCAGCCUGUACCCAGA